CAAGAGACUUGCUUGACAAACCGUACAGUUUGAACCUUUUGGAUGCACCUAAAAUGUCCAAAUUUUCUUCGAUUAUCCUUCUCCGUUCUCGAUCACCCCAAUUUCUCCUCCGCUACUGAACUAGGGUUUGUUCUCAAUUGGAUCCAAAUACCUCCAAUUCUAUUAUUCCUUCGAUUAUCCUAUCUCUAGUCGCAGAAUUCUUAAUUUCGAAGUCAGACAGAGUCAAAUGGAAGUGGCCCCAAACUCAGCCUCCUCUGCUGUCGCUAGCGGAGGAGGCGGAGGACCGGCGCCGUUCUUGUUGAAGACGUACGAUAUGGUGGAUGACUCUUCGACGGAUGAGAUCGUGUCGUGGAGCUCGAACGAGAACAGCUUCGUGGUAUGGAAUCCUCCAGAAUUCGCGCGACUCCUCCUACCAACCUACUUCAAGCAUAACAAUUUCUCCAGCUUCAUCAGGCAAUUAAAUACCUAUGGAUUCAGAAAGAUUGAUCCUGAGAGAUGGGAAUUUGCCAAUGAAGAGUUUGUGAAAGAUCAAAAGCAUCUCCUCAAAAAUAUCCACCGAAGGAAACCGAUUCACAGUCAUAGUCACCCUCAGGGUUCUUUGGGGGAUCCUGAAAGAGCAGCACUUGAGGAAGAAAUAGAUAGGCUUUCACGAGAAAAGGCUUCACUUGAGGCAAGUGUUUUGGGGAGCAAGCAGCAGAGGUCAGCUGAAAAGCUUCAGUUGGAAGAUCUGACUCACCGGGUAGAUAGUAUGGAACAGAGGCAGGAAAGAUUGCUGACUUGUUUAGAAAAGGCAGUUCAGAACCCAAACUUUAUUGAACAUCUUGCUCAGAAAUUAGAUUCCAUGGAUUUUUCUGCAUAUAAUAAGAAAAGACGACUGCCUCAAGUUGAUCACUCAAAGUCAAUUGUUGAAAAUAGUUUUGUGGAUAAUCAAAGUUUUUCUAGACCUGAGGUUGGGAAUGUUAUCCGUCAAGAUUUCUCAAAUAAGCUGAGACUGGAAUUGUCACCAGCUGUUUCCGAUAUUAAUUUGGUCUCAAAGAGCACGCAGAGUUCCAAUGAAGAUGGGGGAAGUCCACAGAGGAAAAUAUCUGAAGGAGACCCAAAAGAUGCACCACCAAGAACAUCAUGUCUAUUAUUUCCAGCUGAAACAUUUGAACUUUCAGAUACUGGGACAUCUUACCCAUAUAAAGUGGAUCCACCUUUCACGAGAAAAGUGACGGUAAAUGAAACCCCUGGACUACAUCUGUUGCAGCAGAAUUUCACUUCUAAUGAAGAAGUUGAUGGCCAUAUUUCCUGCCAUCUAAAUCUAACUCUGGCAUCUUCUCCACUUCAAGUCAAUAGAAAUCCUUAUCCAGCUAGGAUGACUCAACUACAUCAGGAAAUUUGCAGAUCUCCCGAAUCACAGUUUAAUGGCAAUGGUAAAGAAUCUGAUACGAUGGCUACCUCAAAGGACAGGAAUGCAGGUGAUGGAGAUACAACUUUAUCGCCGACAAAGGAAGCCCCAAAUAGCAGUCAAGGGCCUGCAGCUGUUCCAGCUCGAGUAAAUGAUGUAUUUUGGGAACAGUUCCUUACUGAAAGACCAGGCUCUUUUGACAAUGAAGAGGCAAGUUCUAAUUAUAGGGCAAAUCCAUAUGAAGAGCAGGAAGAUAGAAAGUCUAGCCAUGGAGUAGUGAGAAACGUUAAAAAUAUGGAGCAUCUCUAUCUUUGAGCACCACCGUUGCUGUAAAGGCCCGUGGCAGAUUUGUAAAGUUUUCUCCUAGAGCUUUCAAUGAUUUGGAUAUUCACCAUAUCUGAUAUGGAAAUAUGAUAUGACUAAGAUGUAAACUAUCUGUAUAAUUUAAAUAAUAUAGUUUUGAAA